CUGAAUUAUACACUUAAAAAUGAUUAGAAAGUAAAUUUUAUGUUGUUAAUAUUUUACUACAAAAAAAAUUCCUUGCUGGAAAUUCCCAGUUUACUUCAUGAGGAAAAGUUAAAAAAAAAAGAAAGACUGUAACUUCUUUAAGUUACUAAAUAGGACAUCUUAUUUUCAUUGUUUUACCUCUAGUUAAAGCUAAGCAUUCCUAAAUAUUUGUCAACUGGUAAAUCAAAAAUCAAGCCUUUUAUCUUCGUCUUUUAAGUGAAAACUAAGUAAAUAUGAUAUGUUAGAAAUUUAAUUUAUUUACAGUUUCUGUGACUGCUUUUAAUGAUUGUUCUGUCUUCUCUUUAGACAGUCGAGCCAGCUGGAAAGCGUUUCUUACUGGCAAUCGAUGUCAGUGCUUCUAUGGACCAAAGAGUUUUGGGUAGUGUACUCAAUGCAAGCACAGUAGCUGCAGCAAUGUGCAUGGUUGUCACACGAACAGAGAAAGAUUCUUCUAUAGUUGCUUUUUCAGAUGAAAUGGUACCAUGUCCAGUGACUACAGAUAUGACCUUACAACAAGUUUUACUGGCUAUGAGUCAGAUCCCAGCAGGUGAAACUGAUUGCUCUCUUCCGAUGAUCUGGGCUCAAAAGACAAAUACAGCUGCCGAUGUCUUCAUCGUAUUCACUGAUAACGAGACCUUUGCUGGAGGUGUCCAUCCUGCUAUCGCUCUGAGGGAAUAUCGAAAGAAUAUGGAUAUUCCAGCUAAAUUGAUUGUUUGUGGAAUGACAUCAAGUGGCUUUACCAUUGCAGACCCAGAUGACAGAGGCAUGCUGGACAUGUGUGGCUUUGAUACUGGCGCUCUGGAUGUGAUUCGAAGUUUCACAUUAGACAUGAUUUAACCAUAAGCACCAGCACAAUCUAAGAGGUCCACUGCCAUCAGUGAUCUCACUAAAAACACACAGCUACUUCCCAGCUAAUCUUAAUCCACUGAAAGAAGUCAGACAAUGGUACAGUAUGUGCAUAAUGGAAAGGUUACCUUACCAAAAAAAAAAAAGGAAGGAACAAUAAGAGGAGCCCAAAAUUCUUUCUACUAAACUAGCUUUUGGGAAAUAGCUUCAGAAUACACUGUAGCCCCCUCUACCUAACAGAGAACUUCUUGUUGAGACACUGUAAAAUAGUCAAAUAGUUCUGCUUUGGUGAAUGAUCACAUUUGUACUUAAAAGAAGUGAAAGCCAAAAGUGUAAGUAGUCCUGUAUCAUGUCAUUUGUUUGAGAAAUGCCUUUAAGUUUUCUUAAGUGUUUUCAUUGGUAAAGGACAGCUUUGAUAAUGUCCAAAUAAUCUGAAAUGCACUGGACCAUGUACUGUGAUUGAUUAUGAAACUCCUUGAAAAUCUUUGUACCAAGGGGAUAAAACAACCACCAAGACAUUUGCUUAUGAAUGAGUUUUACAAAUUGCUUUAACAGUUUUCUCCAAUCACAUAGAUAGCAGCAUUCUCAGUCACUGAAAAAGAUGCUCUGUUUCUGAGGGUUAAUUUACACUUACAGGAUUGUUUACCAUUAACCAGAAACAUAAUGUAAACCUUUGAGAAGAGAAACUAAAGUUUGUGUCAGCUGAGGAAGUCUAUUUUGGUUUGUUCUUGUUUGUUUAUUGCUGUGAGGGGCAUGACUUGAUGGUUUCCUGUGGCUUAUACCAACAUAGCCACGUGUAGGGACACAUUUUUUCAUAUGUUUCAUCUUAUGAGAACAUAAGGUGUUUCAAGCAUUUAACUUCCCCUACUCAUAAUCUGAAAAAUAUGACAAAUAAAAUCUCAACUAUAACCAUAAUCUGGUUAUACCUUAAUUUAAAAUAUUUUACCUUACUUUAAAAUAUUGUUUUAAUUUUAAUUACUUUUUUUAGCCAAGUAUAAAUGGGUUUUAGAUAUUUCUAAUUGUAAACAUGUUGGCAUCCUCCUCUCUUUGUCUACUAUUCAUUUGUGGCAAAAUAUUCUUUUUUGAUAGUGUAACAAAAUAAGCAAGCUAGGUCUUUCAGGUUUGAAAGGCAAUUUUUGAGUGGCAUAUUACCACUAACCAGUCUGUAGGAAAUUAAAUUUUUCUUAUUUGUGUGUAUUAAACUUCCUAUUCAUUAUAAAGUGCAUUAUUUCCUUGAGCAAAUAACCCUUCUGUGUGGGGAGCUUUAAGCUGUUGAAAUGCCAAUAUAUUUGCUCAUAAUUAUAUCAUGGUUAUCUAAGAUAAUGUGCACAUAAAACCUAGUUUUUAAUGUAUUGUUCCUUAAAUGUAUUUAAAGAUUUACUGGGGAUUUUUAAAGCCUUCUCACUAUGAAAAGUCAAACAAUAAGUGUGAAUCACAGACUUUUGUGUGCUUGGGGUUAGAGAUUUUAUGUUGGGGGCAGAAAGGUUAAGUAAUGUUAGAAUCUGUAUGUUUUCUUCUGUUUCAUGAGAAAUUUGGGCUCUGGGAGUGACAAGAAAAUGUCCCUUUCAAACUUAUUUGACAUAUUUAUACUGGGUUUAUCUGAUAUGUAGCUAUUCCUUCAAGGCAACUGGUAGCAAUUUGUAAAUAUUGUGAUUUACCUGAGAUAUUGGUCAACAAAGCUAGUGGCAUCCUUCCCCACCCCCCCAAAAUACAUCGCUUCUGGUAUCUUUGUUUUUUUACCCUCUGUCAGGCAUUAGAUUUGAAAUGUUAGCUACUUUCAAUACAUUAAAAUAUUAUGCUCAGAUUGAAUUUAAAGUGUAAAGAACCUAAUAGAAUUAUGUAAUUGUACUUGAAUUCAUUACAUAAACCCAAGGUCGUCUUAAAUUAAAAAUUAUAACAUGAUUUAACUUUUUAUUCCUAAUAGAAAUGUUAAGUGGAAUAUAAUAUAAACGCUUAUUUCCUUCGGUUAAAUACUGUUUCUAUAUUGUUUUUAGACAAUAUUCAGAAACUAAUAUUAAUAAAUCCAUCAGAGAAGUAUGAUUAGUUGUGACCUUUUUGAAGUCACAUAGAAAAGUCUAUUAAAUGUUAAGAUUUGAGAAAACUAAAGACCACCACACAAGGUAGCUUUAUUUUCAAAUGAUGGAGCUUUAGAGCUGGAAAUAACCUUAGAAAUGUAAAAGGUAAUUCUUUGAGUUAGGCUAGGAACCUGAGGUCCAAGAGAGUGUGACAUUGGAGCCCUAGAUCGAGAAAUGGCCUCCUCAUUCUCAUCCCAGUGUUCAUUUCCCCACGAAAUGGGAGGACAUUUACUUACAAGAGUAAGGGAUACAAUAGAAUUAUUCAAAACUUUUAUCUUUUUAGGUAUUAGGAAAUAAUUAAUGUAUAUAUAUGAUUGCUUUAGGAGUAGAAAAACAGAAGUUGUGAACAUGUAUACUUUUGUAGUUCAUAGUGACCCUCAAGCACAAUUAAUAUCUUAAUAACCUGUGUUGCUAUAUAACAUAGUCAUGUAGAAAAAAUAAAAACUUUUACCUCAUUAUGAAUAAAAUAUUCUCAAGUAAUAAAGAAGUUUUAUUUUCUGAAUUACUUUUAGCAUUACUGCUGAUUAGGAAAAUGUUGCUUUUAAAAAAAAAAACCCUAAGAAAAAUAAACUUUAUGUCCCAGAAAAUAGGUAAAUAUUUUCAGGAUAUAGUUGUAAUUAGUAAAAA